UGGUUUUGAUGCGCUGACCGUGCACAGCGGGGCUUCUCUCUGCAGGAGGAACGACACCAUGGGGAGAUUAGACUCCAUCCGCCAGUUUAAUCUGAUCAAAUGGCUCAGAGAGGAGAGGCAGUCCAGGAAACUGAUUCUCUUCAUAGUUUUCGUGGCGCUGCUGCUGGACAACAUGCUGCUGACUGUGGUCGUACCCAUCAUUCCCAGUUACCUGUACAACCUGGAUGAGCAGUCACAUGGCGUUUCGGUAAACAUCACCCUGUCUCCCCUGCAGAAGGCUCCCGGAGCCUUUAACAGCAUUGUGUCCUUAUAUGACAACACCGUGAAGUUUUCAGAAUCCAACUUCACAGCACAGGCCACGGAUCCGGUCCCCACGACCCCCUCAACUACACAACUGCCUCAGCAGUCCCCCGACUGUCCCCACUCCACCACAGUGUUAGUCAGUGAAAAUGUCAAAGUGGGAUUGCUUUUUGCCUCCAAGGCCACCAUACAGCUGAUCACCAACCCCUUCAUCGGACCACUGACCAACAGGAUAGGAUACCAGAUUCCUAUUUUCGCUGGCUUCUGUAUCAUGUUUUUGUCCACCAUCAUGUUCGCCUUCUCAUCGAGCUACACGCUCCUGUUUCUGGCCAGAUCCCUUCAAGGUGUGGGCUCCUCGUGCUCCUCUGUGGCUGGCAUGGGAAUGCUUGCCAGUGUGUACACUGAUGAUGAAGAGAGAGGCCAAGCCAUCGGAAUUGCCCUGGGAGGUCUUGCAAUGGGAGUACUAGUUGGCCCCCCAUUUGGCAGUGUGAUGUAUGACUUUGUUGGGAAGACUGCUCCAUUCCUUCUUCUGGCUUUCCUGGCUGUGUUUGAUGGAGCUCUGCAGUUAUUUGUUCUUCAGCCCACCAAGGUGGAACCCGAGAGUCAGAAGGGAACGCCGCUGCUAACGCUCAUGAGGGAUCCAUACAUUCUGAUCGCAGCUGGUGCCAUUUGUUUUGGAAAUAUGGCCAUUGCCAUGAUGGAGCCCACACUGCCAAUCUGGAUGAUGGAGACCAUGUGUGCCCCGAAGUGGCAGCUAGGUGUCGCGUUCCUGCCUGCAUCCGUCUCCUACCUUAUUGGAACCUACAUCUUUGGGACCUUGGCACACAAGAUGGGGAGAUGGCUUUGUGCUCUCAUUGGAAUGAUGAUGGUUGGACUUAGCGUCAUAUGUGUUCCAUUUGCCAGAGACAUCUAUGGUCUCAUCAUUCCAAACUUUGGUGUUGGGUUUGCCAUUGGCAUGGUGGAUUCUUCUAUGAUGCCUAUAAUGGGUUACCUGGUCGACCUUAGACACGUGUCAGUAUAUGGAAGUGUGUAUGCCAUUGCUGAUGUGGCUUUCUGCAUGGGAUUUGCUUUAGGUCCGUCUAUCGGAGGGCCCAUAGCUGAGGGCAUAGGCUUCCAUUGGCUGAUGACCAUUAUUGGGAUUGUGGAUAUUGUAUUUGCUCCUCUUUGUUUCUUCCUCAGGAAUCCCCCUGUACAAGAAGAAAAAAUGGCCAUCUUGAUGUCGACAAGGUCUUACUCCACACAGGGGACGUACUACCAAGAUGAAAGCAUGGAGCCAGAAUACGACGAUUACAAUUAACACAUCAGCCAUGCAGGUUAACACUUCAGAGGAUCUAUUUUCUUGUACAAAAAAGAAAACAAUCAAUGAAAGAUAUCAGCCGAGAUAUUUCCCUGUGAAUGUCCUGCCUUCACUCUUCGCUGUUCACUGUCCUGUUAGCAAUUGUACCAGAACAAACCAAAGUUGUUCUUGAUUUGUUGAACAAAUGUAUUGUGGGGGAUUUUCCAUCCAGCUGCCUUAUUCAAGUAGAAAUGUGUGAAGAAGCACUUUGUAGACAACUGGAUGGUGCUCUGCUGGUUUAUUUUAAAUACAAACCUGGUUUAAUUUAUUCAGUCUUACAUUUGUUCGUGUUUAGAAUAUUACCAGGAUCAAGUGUGUUGUCAUGUUUGUGUCCUUGUGUAAGUCAUCAAUAAACCAUCAUUUCUUUUAAA